AUGCGAUUCGAAGACGUGCCGGUGCGGCCGACGGCGGGACAGCUGCAUCGUCUGGGCAGCCAUGUGCCGUUCUCGCUCGGCCUGCUGCGGCGGCUGCAGUCGGCAGCUGGAGCAUUGGACCGGGCAGCCGAAGAUGCGAUCUCGGGUGGGAGCAGCGCGUGGGCGCAUGUCUUGUUUGUGUAUGCAGACGACGACGAGAAGGACGGGGCGUUUGCGGCAGCGUAUGUGGACCUCUCCAAGGCGCCGGAGACGCAAGUCUGGCUGUACGCCUCGGACGAGGAUGCGGACGGGGUGAAUGACGGCACAGCGGUGCCUCAGGUCGAUCGAGGCGCAGCUCUGGCGGCCAGCUGGUCCGAGGCACGGCGCACACGCAUGCGGUCACUCGUAGGGGCUCUCUUGCGACGUGUGCGCAGCCUCACGGCCGAGCAGGCGCCGUUGGUCGAAGCCGUGGCCGCUCACUGCACGACAAACGUCAAGAUCAACAUGCAGGAGGGCCUGCGACAUGUUCUGGCGCCCAACGUCACGGCCAAGGGCACAACCACGACGACAGCAGGUGUCAAUGGCAGCGUCACGGCCGUGUACUGGGAUGCCUAUGAUCGCUGGCUGUUUCGCGUGGCCGACAUUCCACCGGCGCCGUCGCCUGUCGACGGUGAUGAGGAUCUCGUGGCUGUUCGUGGAUUCGACCGACCGCUGCGUUGGGAUGUUGUUCGUCAACCGGAUGUGUCUCUGAUACAGUCGCGGACACAUAUUCCACGGAAAGAAGAAUCACUUCUCCUCGUUCCAUCAGUUGCCCUUCGUGACGGCAACACCCUCAUCGCCUGGGCCUUUCUCGGCGUCGACGGCAGCAUCUGGACGCUACAUUGUGAGGAGCCGUUCCGUGGCCGCGGCAUCGCCAAGGUCCUUGCCGCCCGCCUUAUUCGGCUUCACAACGGCAUCUUCAGCAAGAACACUGGCGGCAUUGACGACGGCUGGUCUCACGCCGACGUCUCGGCCACCAAUCCGCAGAGCCAGGCGGUAUGUCGUAGUAUUGGCGGCCAACGGGCCUGGUCGUGUGCUUGGAUCAUCCUCAACUACGAUAGCUUUGGCGACGAUAUUCCCGGCGAAUGGACAUAG